UAAAAGUGAGGUUAUGUCAAAGGUGUAAAAAUGAAGAAAAAUGUUUAUUUUUUAGAGGAAUUAGCCGAAAAAGUGUUGUUAGAGGCUAAGAAUUAUUACGAGAUCAAAAAAAAUUUUUCAGAUGAAAUCCUUCUUAAUUUACACUCAAUUUAUGGAACAACAUUACAAAACGCAUUAGAUAUCUUAGAUAGAGGCAAAAUCAUAAAAUACCAACCAAAAAAAAGCGUCCGAUGCAUAUUUAUGAUUCAAAAACGGAAAGAACAAUUUUUACUUUACGAAGGGAUUAAUUUCUGUUUUUGCGACGUUUUCCGCGAGGAAGUUUUAAACGAAUUAAGACGUUCGAUUACGUGCGAACACGUUUUAGCAUUACAAUUAGGAAAGAUUGCAAAUAAAAUUACCUCCGAUAAUAAUAUUAAGGAACCGAUGCUUAUUGAAACGUUAAAUAAUGCUGGGUUAUCUCAUAAAGAUGAAUAAAUAAUCUUUGAAAAGAG